AUGGAGCAUUUUGCGUUUUGCUAUGUGUGUAAAGUUACUCCCGUGGAUGUAGAUAAACUAACAUUUGAACCAAGAAGUAGAUUUUGUUCAGAAUAUUGUAGAAAAGAAGCAUAUGUACUUGGUUUAAUUGAUAGAGAAAAAUGUCGUCACUGUGGGAUGUUACCGAGGUUAAUCCUUUCAAAUGGUAGGAAAGUUGAUUAUUGCGGAAUGAUUUGUAGAAAAGAAGCUGAAAAACAAAAAGGAGGAAGAAAUUAUAAAUCAUCAUCCCGUAGCAGUUCUGGUAGUAGUAAGCAUUCUUCAGUAUAUUUAACAUUGACACCAGAUAAACCUAUUUAUCAACCUAAAUCCAAACCAACAACUCUACUUCAAAAUAAUAAUACUAUUAAGGCUAGUAAAAGCUAUGAUAAUUUAUUAUCAAUUUCUCCGCGUCCUAGUCCAAAACGUUCCUCCACAUAUUCAUCAUCAUAUGACAGUGGAUACUCUUCAAAGACUUCAUCUACCAAUAAUUUUAAUAGUAAUUAUUCAUCACUUUUAACUGCACCACCACAUCAUAAUUUCCAACAAAAACGUUCUUCUCAUAAUACCGGUAGUCUCUCUUUACGUUCACCAACUCCAACGUCAACAAAAAGACGUUCGAUUAAUGAUGUUGAUCCUUUAUUUUCAGUUAAACCACCGUCUCCAAAGUCACCCACAUCACGUUCACCAACUCUAAUAAAAAGACGUUCAUUCAAUGAUAUUGAUCCUUUAAUUUCAGUCACACCUCCAUCUCAAAAUUUAUCAAAUAAUCUUUCACCACGUUUACCUACUCUAACAAAAAGACGUUCAACCAAUGCAAUUGAGCCUUUUAUUUCAUUUGUACCUUCACCUCAAGAUUCGUACAAUCAAAUAAAUAAUUCAUCUUCUUUUAUAAAUCCUCCACCACCUUCGCAUUCUCGUAGAUCUAGACGUAGUUCUCAUGUUCCUCCAAUGAAUGGACAUUCAGUUCCAUUAAUUAGUUUGAUCCCACCGUCUUAUAGUACAAAUCAUACUAAUUAUAAUAAUUAUUCUACAAAGAAAGUCUGA